CGGCCGCAGCGGGUGAACGGUGGGGUGACCGUAAUGGGUCCUCAGGUUAUUAUGCGGAAGUAGAAUCUGUUUUCUGCUUCCGGGUCGCUCUGUUUACUGCUGCAGUUGGAACGAGCGAGCUAGUCGGGGCCGCGAGUACAAGGGGCGAGGCUUGGAAACCGCCGGAGGUUCAACAUUGCAGUUAGGCAUGGAACCUGUUGCAAGAAAGAUCUUGAAAGGAGUUUUACUUUUGGAAAUGGCUGCAGUUGCUGGAGCAUAUUCACUAUUUUACAGAAUGGACACAAAUCAAGAUUUUAGGCAUACAAUGAACAGGAGAUUUCCAUCCAUUCUGGAAGUUUAUUACAAAAGCAAUGAAUGGUCUGGAGUUUAUGGAAAAAGGGAGGAGGACCAACUGAAAUGGCUAAGCAGCAAAAGUUAGAAGCCUUUGUGUUUGAACUGUUUUUUCUUCUUGAUAAUAUUUUUCACAUCUCUGUUGUGAAGCCAAUUGUCACGCUCUGCUUCCCACCUGAGCUGUUUGACACCUACAAGGGAAGAAGAGGGGAUAACUUAUGUAUCCUUUGAACAUAGUUUGGUAUUUGAAUAAAUGAUAAAUUCAUAAAACACCAAUCAAGUGUGAAUUAUUGGAUUUUUCACCUCAGAAGAAAUUUUUCCAUUAUGCAAAAACUAUUCUACCUGGAACCUUUUGGGCCUGUUGCAAAGGCACAAAUUUUAGAAUUGCUUUCAUGUAUCCUGUGUUAUAGUUUGCAUUAAUACUAUUGUUUAAGUAGAAAUACUCAGUGUCUAGGAUAAGAGAAAUUUUUUUUAGGCUAGAGAAAUGAUGUAAAGAAUUAAUACAAAGCCUUAAUUAUACUCAACACAACAGGUUUUAUCUAUUUGAUAUCUACUUUUCAAAGUGGGAUUAUACAGAUUUAGAUUUGUGGGGAAAAAACUGUUUUUGCUCCAUAUACACCAAAGCUGGGGAGUGGUGUAUUUGGCUAAACCUUGGUUACAUCAGUUUUUAUACUGGGGAGAAAGUUAAAUGCUUCUAGAAAUUUACAACCAGUUAAGCUAUGUAAUUUAGAAUUAGGUAUUUAAUGAUGCAAGUCAAAAGCUGCACAUUAUUUUGCAAAAUGCUUGCAAGUACUAUGAUUAAGAAUACAAUUAAAUGUAGACGAGGAUGAGAGUCCUUAACAACAAGUACUGUUGUAUUAUACAUCAUGUACCUACAUAAAAUAAAUUAAGGUUAUACUGGA